AUGGCACCGUUGUCGUAUACACCCACAACACAUUUUGAUGCUUGUCUACACAAACUUGAUACAGUGGCACAAGUUUACUUGUCCAAAUGUAACCUUUCUAAUUUACUAGAUCUUAUUCCCGUUGAGUCUAUUGGUAAUGGAAAUUGUUUGUACAAUUCUAUUCUAACAUUAAUGCCGUCCCCAUCUGAGAUUAUAGCCGAAGAAUUGAGAGUUCGUGCCAUCGUUGAAUUAGCAAUGAAUUACAAUUAUUACAACAUUAAAUAUGAAAGAAUUGUUGGUCCGUUAAAUUUACGUAUCAAAGCAAUGUGCAAGAAUUAUGAAUUUUCUGAACUGUUCGAAAUCGAUGCCCUUUCUAACAUUCUUCAAUGUCAAAUACAAAGUGUUUAUCCUAGAAUUGAAUAUCAUCCACACUUCGACCAACAGGCAACAUCAGAUACACAAACACUAGCAUGGAAGCAAAGUCGGCAAAACAAACAUCGUGAACGUAUGCGUCUGUCACGGCAAAACGAAGACGAUAAUCAAUAUGAGAAACGUAUAGAACAAAAUCGAAAACACAUGUAUAUCUCGCGUCAAAACGAAGACGAUGAUCGAUAUGAGAAACGUACACAGAAAGAUCGCGAACGACAACGUGUGUCGCGAGCACAAGAAGCAGAGAUAGAACACCGAAUGCGGAUAUUGAAUAUGGAACAACGUGCAUGUUGGGCGGUCGCAGUUCCUCGUGAGCUAAAGCUACAUUGCUUACAAAAUUUCGUGAAAAAUAUGUCUAUGCCCUGGUUAGCCGAAGCCAUUUGCUCAAUCUGUAAUACCUGUUCAUACCUCAGGGAUAUGAAGCAUCCAACUUUAUCUACCAUACCCAAUUUAAACGUUUUGAUACCGGCUGAGAAUUUAUCCGGUGCACGUAAAAGUUCAGAAGAACUUGAAGAUCUAACCAUUCCAGAACAAAAACUAAUUGCAUUACACAACAGUUGCGUCAUUAAACUUCAAACACCAUUCCAUGAUACAUCAACAGCACAGGGUGCAUUGAAAGGAAACGUCAUUUCAUUCCCACAAAACGUUUCCGAUAUUGCAACAACACUCCCGUUAUCAUUAGCAGAUUUAUGCGACACAAUCAAAAUUAUUUUUGUUGGUUCAAAACGACCAAAACCCGAACAUUUGAAAAAAGUUCUUACUGUACGACGGAAAAAAAUUUUGAUUCAUUGGCAUGAUUGA